UCUGUGGCGUCCCUUUUCUUCUAGGUACAACAUGGGUAAAGGAGAUCCUAAUAAGCCUCGUGGGAAGAUGUCCUCCUAUGCCUACUUCGUGCAGACGUGUAGGGAAGAGCACAAGAAGAAACACCCGGACUCCUCCGUCAACUUUGCUGAGUUCUCCAAGAAGUGCUCAGAGAGGUGGAAGACCAUGUCUGCCAAGGAAAGGAAAGAUAUGGCAAAAGGUGACAAAGUCCGAUAUAAGAGGGAGAUGAAAAACUACGUGCCCCCGAAAAAUGAAUUAAAGAAGGGGGGCAAGAAGAAGAAGGAUCCCAAUGCACCAAAACGUCCCCCCUCAGCCUUCUUCCUCUUCUGCUCGGAGCAUCGACCCCAGAUCAAGACUGAGAGUCCCGGCCUGUCAAUCGGUGAUACAGCUAAGAAAUUUGGAGAGUUGUGGUCUGAACAGACGCCAAAGGACAAGCAGCCAUUCGAGCAGAAAGCUGGAAAACUAAAAGAGAAAUAUGAGAAGGAUGUUGCUGCAUAUCGGGCAAAAGGCAACAGUGAUGCCUGCAAGAAAGUUACUGGAAGGGCAGCAGUAUCCAAAAAGAAGCCUGAGCCUGAAGAUGAUGAUGACGAGAAGGAGGAAGAAGAUGAAGAGGAAGACGAGGAGGAAGAUGAUGACGAUGAUGAGUGAAUGCUUUGCCCGAUGUAUAAAUUGUGUUGAAGCUUUGUUUUUGUUUUUUUGCUAAGAAUGUGAACUCGAGUGCAGCUCAUUUUGUUAGCCUGGUUAUAAAAACUGUACAGACUUGUGUAUAGGUAAUGUGA